AUGAGUGAAGAAAGCCGCUAUUCUUAAUGAAAAUCGCUUCACGGGAACGCCGGGGAGGCGUGAUAAUUUUAAAUGAAGCUUUUCAACGGAAGUAAAACGAAACUCGACUGGAUUAUACUUUUUUAGCAUUAAGUGCAAUGUGUUUACAAGAAGAAGUCGGACCAUCUAUUCGUGAAUGCAUUUCCGUAUCUUACCUAUAAUUGAUUAUAUUUAGGUAUUUUCAGUAUCAAUCUUUUAACAACUUAAUGGCUGAGCCAAAAGUUUUGAAACUUUAUAGUCCAGCCUACGGAGAACCUAUUUAUUACAAAUGGCCGUUAGCUUUAACUAAAAAACAUGAUGAAGCUGCUGAAAUAAUCGAUACCAUAAAAUUAGUUUGUGAAGACUUUCCUGAACUUCGUUAUGCUGUAGAUAAUGUGAUGUUGAAAGACUAUGAUGGACAAAACUAUGACUCCAUGAAUCGAUUAUGUCAGCGUUAUAAUAAAGCAAUACGAAAUAUACUGACUUUAUGGAAAGGACGUGCACCACCUCCACGAAUGUUUAAACCGCCCAAUAAAGAACUACUUCGUCAUAUUAUUAAUUUGUGUUACAGCCACGCCAUCAAAGAUCCUGAGAAACUAAACAGCUAUGAGCCAUUUUCGCCAGAAGUAUACGGUGAAACAUCAUUUGAUAUGAUAGCACAAAUAAUUGAUGAUGUUCCUCAUAGUCCUGAUGAUAUAUUUAUUGAUUUAGGAAGCGGUGUUGGCCAAGUUGUUCUUCAAGCAGCAGCAUCAAACCAAUUUAAAGAAUGUUUAGGUGUAGAGAAAGCUGAUAUACCGGCAUACUAUGCUGUAGAAAUGGAAAAGGAAUUUAAAAAAUGGAUGGAUUGGUAUGGGAAGAUAUACACAGAUUUCACUCUAGAAAAAGGAGAUUUUAUGGAUAAGAAGUGGCAGGACUCAGUAAAUGAGGCUGGAUUUAUCUUUGUUAAUAAUUUUGCUUUUGGUCCAGUUGUUAAUCAUCAUUUAAAAAAUAUGUUUCAGUCAAUGAAAGAAGGUGCAAAAUUAGUUUCGUCAAGGGAGUUUUGUUCAAUGAAUUUUAAAUUUAAUAAGCGAAAUUUAUCUGAACUCGGUGCUAUGAUGCGAAUAAGUGAAAUUCGUCCUCAAAACAAAGCGUCAGUAUCGUGGACUGGAAACACUGUCUCAUAUUAUUUACAUGUUGUUGAUCGAACAAGAUUAGAAAAGUAUUUUUCUAUUCUUCAAAAAAAAAAGGAAGGUCUUGAUAUUGAAGAAGAUGUCAGUUCUAUAUAUUCGGAAAGCAACAUUAGUAACGAAACAAAUAGUUGUGCAAACUCAGGAGCUUUUGUCAAUGUUGAAACGCUUGAAGAUAAUUUAGAUGACCUAUACCUUGGGACAACAACUAGACACCAAUGGCAGUUACUAACAGAUACCAUAAAACAAAGUAAAAAAGAAGCUAUAGGGUAUGUAGAUCAAUUUAAGCCUACUAGUAAAGAGCAAAGUUCUGGAAAGCAACAUUCAGAAACCAAAAAGAAUACUUUAUUGCGUAGAAGUAUUGCAAGAAAAUCUUUUGAGUCGAAAAAAAAACUAAAGAAAUACAGUCCAGAGAACAAAAAGAACUUAUCUAAUUCAUCUUCAUCAAGUUCUUCUAUGGAAAGUGAUCUUGAUGACCCAGAUUUUGUAGGAGGUAAUGAAGCAAAGUCCAUUGAAAACUCGCUUGACGCAGAGGUUGAAAGUAAAUUAGAGCCAAGCAAUAAAAAGCAAUCAGAUACAAAUUGUUCAAAGGAAAUAAACAACAAUGUUACUUCACAAAAUGAGCCAAGUAAAGACCUGGAGAAUGAUGUUGAUGAUUUUUUAAGUAAAUUAAAGUAUCGGUUAUUAGAUUUUAUAAAGAUAGUAAAUACAAAAGAAUAUGCUGAAAAACUUAGUUCAAUGAUUGAGUUUGAAAAGGCAAAAAAUAAAUUAUUACUUCGAGAAGUUGAUGAAACAGAGGCGGUUAUUCAAAAUCUCAUUAAUGAUGGACUAAAAAAAUUCUCACAACGUCUUUCAGAACUUGACAUCGCUGUAAAAACACCAUUAGAGCUGCUCUCAAGAUCUUCAAAUUUAGCUUCGAAGCAUCGUGCUCUUGAAAAUAAAGUUCUUAAUAUGGAGGUUGAAGUGUCUCUUUUAGAACAAAAAUAUGAAGACAUGUGCAAUGAUAAAGUUGGAAUGAAACCAUGUGGAGAAAUGUUGUGUGAUGAUCUUUCUACAAUUUCAAAUGGUGGACCAGGAAAGAAUGAUGUAGGUACAAAAGUUUGCUAUGCUAUUAUGAAUGCACUAAAUCAACGUCACCUGCUGAUAAGCAAAAAUGAACAUAUAAAUGAAGAGAUAGCAAUACUUGAAAAAGUAUGUACGUCUGCUAUUCCGUCUGUUGAGCAAGCAGUAUCUGAUAUCAAGGUUACUUUACCUUCAGCAGAAAUAUUUUUACAAGCUGAAAAGCCUACAGACAAGCUUGAUCUUAUACCCAAACCACGUCCUGUUGCCUUUGUUCCACCACGUAUGCUAAGUUGUGAUAAGGCAACAAUUUUACCAGUACUUACAGAGCAACAAUUAGUUUUGCCCCCCAUUAUCUCAAUUAGUCCAUUUAGUUUUUUGAACUCUACUUUAAGAAACAGCUUUGCAUCUGAAAUAAAUCCUCAAAAUAAAAACAAUAUACAAUCAGAAACACAAGGUUAUAAACGUUCAAGAGGACGACCCAGAAAAAACGUUCAGUCUUCUGAAAAGCCAAUCACUAAAAAAGUCAAACCUGUUGAAAAAAGUUUGUAUCAUUCACAUUUGUCUAAUGAUCUUUCUGUCAUCAGCCAGUAUGAAUUACAUGAACCUAGAGUUUCUUCAGAAGAACAAAAAGGAGAAGGAAGUAAUUGUUCUUCAGUAGUUUUUCCAAGUAAACCAAAAGGCUCAAUUAAACUCCCUAAAAAAUUGUUGAAAAGAAGUGCAGAAGUUGAAAAAGAAAAGUUUCAAAAAGCUCAGAAUAUAGAUGAAUCAAAUACAAUGAAAAUGGAAAUCUUAAAUGUUUCAGAAAAUUAUGUUUUAAAAAAAGAUGUUGAAUUAAACAAGUGCAAUGCAGCUACUAAUUUGAUUUAUUCUUCCUCACAAAUAAUGCUUGAUGAGAAACAAAAUCGAUGUCAAGAAAAACUGUACUCUUCAACAAUAAUGCAGAACAGCUAUGAUAAAUUGUUAUUCGAUAGUAUUGCUUCUAAAAGUAUUAAUAAUAGUUCUGUAGAUGACUAUGGAAAUUAUUUACCAAAAAUUUCAAAUAAUCUUGAACAAAGACUAAGUGCUUCGCUUGACCAAAUUAGACAGAGUGUUUUUGUCUCAAAUUCUUUAAUUCAUCAUCCACAACAAUAUGUAGAUAGAUUAAGCCCUACACUACAAGAUCACACAACCAGAGCUUGUACCCAUCCUCAAGAAAGUUCUAACAUAAAUAAAAUAGCUCCAGAAGGUUGGAGUGGGUUAACUUCUAAAACUCCAAGUGAGUUAUCUAUUGCUUUGUCCAGUUCAUCUAUGAGUAAGGAGCAAUUUAUUAAACCUAAAGAUAUAAUUUGCACUAACUCAGAUGUCAUAAACAAUCCUUUUUAUCUCAAACAAGAUUAUCAACCUCGAAAAGUAAUUAAUAAGCCAUUAAAUUUUAAAGACGAUUCAAUCUAUAAAACUUCUGUAGUUGCAUUGCAAGAAAGUUAUAAUCAUAGUAAGUAUGACCAAUCCAAUGCUCGAUCUGCUCUAGUUGAUGAUCAUUUUUAUGCUAGUCUCAGUCACUUAGUUUCUAGUCGAAUUUCUGCAAAUGAAACAAGCAAAACUAUCCCUAAUAUAGUAAAUUUUACAGAUCAAUCUAAAAUGACAUCUAAACUACAAACUACUCAGAAUGCUUUGACUCAAUCUAGCUCAAUAUAUUUUCCAUUUACUUCUAACAAUCAAUCAACAUUUUGUCAAAAGUCAAUAAAUGGUGACAUGCGACUUAUAAACUCAGUUAAUUUUCCAAAUUCUUUAUCUUUUAAUCCUUUACUAAAAUCAAUGCAAGAAGAAUCUCAUCCAACAAUGACAUCUCAAGUUACAGGAUCAAAACUAUUUGUAAACAGUGUUGAAAAAAAAGAGGAACCGUUAAAAAAGAAAAGGAGAGUAAAUCAAUCUAAGAAAAAGCUACUCACUUAUUCUAGUGAUACUAAUGCGGCACCUAUCACAACUUCACAUAAUACAAGUCCUAAAGUAUCAAACUUUCAUAACCCUCAAUAUCGAUUAGUUUAUCAACCAAGUGUUGCCACAGAUUCUCAGAAUUCCUCAUUCUCAACACUUAACACUUUUUGCUUAAACAGUCCAAUCAGUGUUCAAUCUGAUGUUAAACAAAAUAUGGUAACUCCAAUACCAAAUAACUUCAUUCACUCCCAAGUUAUUAGUUGGAAUAUGAAUUCGGCAGCUCUUGCAAGAGUUUCACUACCAACUGUUUGUAACACACAGGUUACGCCUGCACUAGAUAACAUAUUAAGAAACCCUUCUAUAUCAAAUAAUACAUUACAGCCAAUGGUUUAUACUACGCAACCGCAUUUGAUUCUAUUAAAACCUCAUUUAAAUGAAAAAAACAGUGAUACUUCGUUGCAAACUUCUUUCUUGAGUAUAAAUCAAUCAGCAUCUUCACCAACAUAUCCACCAUUAGAAAAAUUAGAUGAUUUUAAAACUUAGAUGAUUUAAAAAAAAAUCUUUUUUAAAA